AAAUGCUUUUAGGGUAGUCGUGGUGUAAAAGAUGAGUGGUUUGCAGGGAGAAUAUGAAUAUUUAAGAUAAAAGAAUGAUAUCGCAGGGAGGUCAUAUGGGGGGAUGCGGACGCUCCUAUUGGCUGAAGAGGGAGGAGAGGGCGUGGCUAGAGCGGCGCGUGGGUUCGCUUGGGUGACACAAUUAUAACAACUUUAUCUUCGCGGCCGAAACGCAUUUUAUUGUCAAAUACUCACAUCUUGGAUAUUGUACUCAGUUAUUCGCAUUCAAAUAGCGGCACAAUAUCACUUUGUGAUGAAAAAUGUGACGUUUGAGGAGCUACCCGGAGAGCGCUUCUGUCCCCCCCGAAAGGAUUUACUAUAUCGAAUCGCAUCUUUUCAUCCUGGGAAAAAGUUUUUGAUCAUUUUGUUUCCUUCAGUUUUCCUUCUUUGAUUCGGCGGAGCAAACCGUUCGUCCCCGCGUCGCGAUUUUCCAUGCAAUCGUGCGGUGUGUCGCUCGCCGUUGCUGCCUGCGCUGCUGCUCGGAGUCUCGGCUCGGCUUCUUCUAGUGGUGAUGAGGGAAAGAAAAUGGCGGCGGGAAAAGCGAGUGAAACAGAGGAGGACUUUCCGACACUGACAGCCCAGGAGAGGGACAGUUUGGUCGGGAUCGACAGCUCACUGUUUGGAUUUCAGAAGCUUCAUGAAGAUGGCGCCAGAACGAAGGCCCUGUUGAUGAAGGCUGUUCGCUGCUACGAUUCGCUCAUCCUUAAGGCCGAGGGCAAAGUGGAGCCUGAGUUAUUCUGCCAGCUAGGCCACUUCAACCUCCUCCUGGAGGAUUAUCCGAAAGCAUUAUCAGCAUACCAGAGGUACUACAGUUUACAGUCAGACUACUGGAAGAAUGCUGCCUUUCUGUAUGGCCUCGGAAUGGUCUACUUCCACUAUAAUGCCUUUCAGUGGGCGAUCAAAGCAUUCCAGGAGGUGCUGUACAUUGACCCAGGGUUCUCCCGGGCCAAGGAGAUCCACCUACGCCUGGGUCUCAUGUUCAAGGUCAACACAGACUACGAGUCAAGCCUAAAGCAUUUUCAGCUGGCUUUGAUUGACUCCAAUCCCUGCACUUUGUCCAAAGCUGAAAUUCAGUUCCACAUUGCUCAUUUGUAUGAGAUUCAGAAGAGAUACCGGGCUUCCAAGGAGGCUUAUGAGAGCCUUCUGCAGACGGAGGAUCUUCCUGCACAGGUGAAGGCCACUACCCUGCAGCAGCUAGGCUGGAUGCAUCACACAGUGGAACAGCUCGGGGACAGAGCCAGCAGGGACAGCUAUGCCAUCCAGUGUCUGCAGAAGUCUCUGGAGGCUGACCCCAACUCUGGACAGUCCUGGUACUUCCUUGGCAGGUGCUACUCAAGUAUUGGGAAGGUCCAGGACGCGUUCAUCUCCUAUCGGCAAUCCAUAGACAAAUCAGAGGCCAGUGCGGAUACCUGGUGCUCUAUAGGGGUGUUGUACCAGCAGCAGAACCAGCCCAUGGACGCUCUGCAGGCCUACAUCUGCGCCGUGCAGCUGGACCACAGCCACGCCGCCGCCUGGAUGGAUCUGGGCACGCUGUACGAGUCGUGCAACCAGCCGCACGAUGCCAUCAAGUGCUACAUCAACGCCACACGCAGCAAGGGCUGCACCAACACCACCGCGCUAACCCACCGCAUCAAAUGCCUGCAGGCUCAGUUGAAUAACCCCCAGCUCAGUAGCCUACAGGGUAAAAGUAAAAUGCUCCCUCUUAUUGAGGAGGCAUGGAGUCUACCAAUCCCAGCUGAGCUAACCUCCAGGCAGGGAGGCCUGAGCAGUGCACCACAGCAGGCUUGCAAGCCCAAUCACAGUGCAGAGGGCGGGGGCUCGGGUCAGUCUCUGCCCCCUCACGUGGGCUCGCUGGGCCAAACGGAGGACCAGUCCUGCCCAGCCAAGAGGAGGAGAGCCUCCAGUCCUGCCAAGAGUGAUUCAUGGGCCAGUAAUCCAGCACAGCAGCCAGUCCCCAACUGGUACCUACCCCCACAGAAAUUACAGGCGCUGGAGCAGUUGCGGAGUAACCGGGCCAACCUGAAGCCCCCGCAGCUUCAGAUGUUGGAGCAGCUGGAGGCUCAGCUCGCCAUAAUGCAGCAGCACCAGCACCAGAUGAGACAGAACGCCUCAGGAGGUCAGGUGCGCCCCUCGCUUCCCAACGGCCCCACCGCCAACUCCCUCCCCUCCCCCAACCCCAGCCUCCACCCCACGCGGCCCCACCUCGGACCCCACCGGCCCCUGUGCCCGCCCCAGCCGCUGGCCAACGGGCCCGUGGGCUCCGGGGCACACGGACACUCGGACUCUCUCCCUGUGGGUGACAGUAGUAACAGUAGUAGUAACAGUAGUAGUAAUAAUAAGCCAGGGCCCACGGCCACAGGACCCAACGGAGACGUGCCUUACCUGCAACCUGCCGGCAGCGGCGACGCAGCACUGCUACCUCACACCUGCACAAGCACGCAAACACAGGACGCCAUGCCGCGCCAGGCCCUGCACCUAAACUCCUCUCAGGGGCUUCAGAAGGGGUCUGUUCCAAAUGCGACAGGCUCCAGCAGUGAGGGGACCCUCUCUCACCCCCAGACCCCCAACUCCACCACCCCUGUGCACCCCAACAAUCAGGUUGGACAUUCCACUAAUGCCCCAUCGCCACGGCAGCAGCCUCAUAACCACCUCCCAUCCCCUCCUUCCCUCCCCCACUCCUCUACCUCAGGUGGAGCAGGACCUGGUGCGUCCGCUACCAAAGAUGGCAACACCACAGCCGCUUCCCUCGGCAACGGGGGCUCCGAGGUUAAAACACCAUCGCCGCUGCCGUCAGCUGAUGGCAAAGCGGCGCAGGCAGAUGGCCUAGCCAAUCACGUCCACUCGGGGGAAGGCGGCAAGGUGGCAGAAAGUGGCGAGAAGCCGAGCCUUAGCGCAGACAAUCCUAGGCUAUCUGCCCUGCUGGCGGGGGGGAAGGGCCCUGAGGAGAGCGAGGGGCCGUCAGAAGGGACUGCAUCCACAGCAUCCGCCACGCCCGAGUCCCACAAGAAAAUCAACAACAUUCACCCCGCCGUCCUGCCCUCCACCCCCCACGCACAGGGCAGCUCGGCUGCCUCCUCGCCCAUCUCUGCCAUGUCCACCGCCACACCGUCACCCAAAUCGUCAGAACACACCCAAACAGGCGCUCACAGUCCCCCUACAACCACCCCCUCCACCACCGUCACCACCACCACCACCACAUCAUCAUCGUCUGCUGCACCCGCUGUUAACGGUAACGGCAAAGGAGGUAUCUCUGAGGACUCUCAAAGCCCACUGAAGGCUGAGCCACCCACCGUCACCAGUCUCAAAGCUACGCCUCCACACGGACACGGAUCCUCGUCUUCGUCGUCGUCGUCUUCAAUAUCCAUCUACCCCAGCUCCACAGACGUGCUGAAGGCCUGCAGAAACCUGGGGAAGAACGGUCUUUCCAACAGCAGCAUCCUCCUCGAUAAGUGCCCCCCGCCGCGGCUGCCCCCUCCACCCUCGCCAGCCCUGCCCAAAGACAAGCUCAACCCUCCCACGCCCAGCAUCUACCUGGAGAACAAGAGGGACGCUUUCUUCCCUCCACUGCACCAAUUCUGCACAAACCCCUCCAACCCCGUCACAGUCAUCCGAGGCCUGGCUGGAGCUCUCAAACUGGAUCUGGGUCUGUUCUCCACAAAGACAUUGGUAGAAGCCAACCCGGAGCACCUGGUGGAGGUCUGGACUCAGCUCUCGCAGCCCGCUGACGAGAACUGGGACCCGGCGGGUACCAAGAAAAUGUGGCGCUGCGAAAGCGCUCGCGCCCACACGACCAUCGCCAAAUAUGCCCAGUAUCAGGCUGCUUCUUUCCAGGAAUCGCUGCGGGAGGAGAAUGAAAAGAAGGCACUAAAGGAGCCCUCGGACACAGAGCCAGCGUCGGCAGAGAGUGCUGCACGCAAAAGAAGAGGGCCCUUGAAACACAUAAAGUUUGGAACCAACAUCGACGUGUCCGACGAAAGAAAGUGGAAACAGCAACUCCAGGAGCUCAGCAAACUCCCGGCCUUCGCUCGAGUCGUGUCGGCCGGCAACCUGCUGAGCCACGUGGGUCACACCAUCCUGGGAAUGAACACAGUCCAGCUGUACAUGAAGGUGCCUGGGAGCAGGAUACCAGGUCACCAGGAACACAACAACUUCUGUGCCGUCAACAUCAACAUUGGACCAGGAGACUGUGAAUGGUUUGCAGUACCAGAGCCCUACUGGGGAGUGAUGAGCAACUUCUGUGAAAAGAACAACAUCAACUUCCUGAUGGGCUCGUGGUGGCCCAACCUGGAGGACCUGUACGAGGCCGACGUGCCCGUCUAUCGGUUCAUCCAGCGUCCGGGCGACUUGGUGUGGCUCAACACGGGCACCGUCCACUGGGUGCAGGCUAUUGGCUGGUGCAACAACAUCGCCUGGAACGUAGGACCUCUCACCGCCCACCAGUACAAGCUGGCUGUGGAGCGUUACGAGUGGAACAAGCUCCAGAGUGUCAAGUCUAUGGUUCCCAUGGUGCACCUCUCCUGGAACAUGGCACGCAACAUCAAAGUGUCCGACCACAAGCUGUUCGAGAUGAUCAAGUACUGCUUGCUGCGGACGUUGAAGCAGUGCCAGUGGGUGAAGGAAGCCUUGGCGACAGCCGGCAAGGAAACGGUGCUGAGGCCGCGGACCAGGGACGAGCCGGCCCACUACUGCACCAUCUGCGAGGUGGAGGUGUUCAACCUGCUCUUCGUGCGCCGGGAGCUGCUGUCCAAGAAGCAGUAUGUGGUCCACUGCCAGGACUGCGCCCGGAAAGGCAGCGCCACGCUGGACGACUUCGUGGUGCUGGAGCAGCACAGGAUGGAGGACCUGAUGCAGGUCUACGACCAGUUCACAUUAGCCCCUCCUCUUCAUUCAUCUUCAUCUUGACAUUAGGUGACUCCUCUUAUCUUCUUCUGCUGUGGAGCCAUGACGCCCAUUUACAGGAACUUGUAUUAAGAUUUUAAAAAGAAAAAAAGUACAAACAUCUACAUACACGGACCAUUUCUGAUAUUCAGGAAAGCCAAGGCCGUCCCCCCCCCCCUCCCUCUCUCUCUCUCUCUCUCUCUCUCUCUCUCUCUCUCCCCCCCUCAACUCUCACCACCGCCCCCUCCCAUAUGGCUGGUCUCCAUAGCGACGGCUGGAGGCUGAGGCGGCCGAGUGUGUCUGUCUAUGCAACCUGUUUGAAGCGCUGGGGCCCGGGCCUUCCAGAAGGGGGCGCCAACCUAGCUCGAUAACAGGACUCGUUUCUCUCUUUUCCCUUCUCCCCCUCCCAGCCCCCUCUAGAGACAAUGGUUCAGCCCUGUUUUAAUGGAGGACUCAAUCAAAUACGGUUGGGAACAGGGGGGACGAGGGGGAGGAGCGGGAUUCUUAAUGCGUGAUUAAAAAAAAUGUUUUGUAGAUACUUGUUAACUGUCACAACUGGCAACACCACCCGUAAAAGACUACUGACUUGACUACCCUUCUCCCUCUCUGUCCCUUUUUUCUCGUUUUCUAUUCUGGUAACAGGAUGAAAUGUUGACUUUGAUUUCUAGAACUUCCCCCAAAUUUUCUUUGUUUUUUUUUUUUUUUUCCUUCUAAGGAGCACUAGCCUAACUGGUCUUUUUCUAUGGUAGAUAGUAAUUUUAAGACUCUUUGGACAGCAAAAUCUCCAAAAAAAUUUGUAAUGUGAAGAAUUUAGAUGAUUUUUCUUUCCUCCUUUUUUUUCUUUCUUUCCUUUUUUUUUUUUUUUUUUUUUUUACAGCUCUUAUGUUUUAUCUUCGUCUUGUUCUUUUCAAAACUGUUUUUGUUUCUUAGGUAAAAAAAAAAAAAAUCUAUAUUAAAAAUUGGAAAAAAAAAAACAUACUAGCCAAGUCACAAAGAAAAUGGGUUGCACAUAGACUUAUGGAAUUAAGUUUAAUUUGUGAUUUUUUUGUUUCGUUAUGUUUCUAAUCUUGAUGUAAAUUUACACUAUUUAUAAAUACAUAUUUAUUGCUUGAAAAUAUUUGUUGAUGGAAUGCUGUUAUUUUUUCCAGAGUACCUGCCAUUAAAUUUGAAGGAGUUUUGUCAUUUUAACACAACUCCUCUUACAUUUUCUAUAUAUAAAUAAAAUUGCUUAGCAAGCAUUGUACAGAAACGGACAUUUAAAAUUGUUUUAUUGUUUGAAGAAUGUUUUAUGAUGAGUCAAUAAACACAAAGUUGUCAAAUUA